AGUUCACACCGUUUGAAUACCCCUUUCUCUCUAUAUAGUCUAUAUUGACCAGGUUUUGUCCCCACAUUGAAGGUUUAUCCUACUGUCGAGUGAUAUACGAUGGUUUCAAAUUUUCCCGCGGUUUUACCGUCAAAGCGACCAUGCUGAUGACCUUUCGUCUUUGAAUCCUGGACUUCCGCAUGACGAAGGGGAUUCCCCCGCCACAUGCCCAGGUCUGCUAGCUGCAACAGGCGAGGAAUUUUCACCAAACACACCCUUUUUGUUGGUCUGUCUUUCAUUUUGACCCGACGAGGGCCAGCAUAGAGACAUCAAGUCCUACCAUCUGUCUCGAUCAAAGCAGAAGACUCCACGACUGUUGAUCGAGAGGCACGUGUAGACAGCGUACGAAAAUGGCGGCUGAGUCGACCCUGCUUAUUGCAAACCGAGAGGAGCUGGUGAAAAACAUCCGGUUUGUAGAGCCGUUUCUGGACAAGCUUCUCCAGACGAACCAGCUGACUGGGGAAGAGAGUGAGGUGGUGAGGAGCGGCAAGACUCCCCAGGACCGGGCCAGGGCUCUGAUUGACCUAGUGGGGACCAAGGGGCAGGACGCGUUCGGACAUUUCCGGCACGCCUUGAAGGAGACAAAUCCCGAGUUGGCGGACAUACUGCACAGGUGCACUGACCAUAAUGAGAAGAUCAAACUCCACUGUGACGACUGUGUGCAGCUGCUGUGCCGGAAGUGUAACAAGGAAGGUCACAGGGGUCACAGCGUGUCAUCGAUAGUUGCUGAUGCUGCUGCCAUCAGACGGGAAGUCACGGCCUUCGUGCGGGACAACAGGAAGGUGCUGAAGAACUUCAAGGCAUCCGCAAAUGACGUAGGCAGCAGGGGAAAUGUCCUGCUGGACAUUGAACUCAGAAAAAACGCCUUGAAGGCGAUGUUCAUUGCGAAAAUUGAAUCGGAGUUUGGGUGGUGUAGGGAUCAGUUGGGUGUGGGUGAAAGAGCCGCCAGCCCAGCACCAAGCAUCUCGAGUGUUGCCACUAGCAUUACAGAAUAUGAGCUGUCAGGCAGGCAUGGGGCAGAUACAGGGUGUGUGCAGACCACUAACAUCUGGAGAGGAGUAAGGAACCAUCCAUACUCAAGGGUAGACCAGAGAACAGGGGGUUCGCACCCACGCUUUCAUAUGAAGCACCUCUUGAAUCAUUCUUUACCACCAUCUCAAACUCUGUCUAGUUUAAAUGGCUUUACCUCGCCAACUAGCUCUUCACGAUCACCGUUUCCGUCUAUGAAGAGCCUCCCCUCGUCAUCAUCCCCAAUCCGGUACGCGUUCCCCAUUCCCGUUCUCCCCUUCACUACGUAUUCCCCUUCCGUCCGUUACACUCCCACUUCCCGCUCCCCCUUAUCACCCAUUUCCUUCCCUGGUGAUAACAACUCUCCCACACAAGGGCCUCGCCACUCCGCACCCAGUGUUCAUGGGCAACGCGAGUCUUUCUCCCAACCCACUCCUCCCGCACAGUCGAGUGGUAGACAUGCAAAGACGGAGAACGACGAAGAACGUCGCUGGUUUGUCAAGCAAGUCGACGAGAGUGGCCUCUCACCAAGCCCCACACAAAGUGUCUCCAAAAAAAAUCCCGACUCGGAAAGUGUGGCAAGUUCAGAGGCCAUGGACAUCUCGGAUUGUGGUGCGAGCUCUUCCUUGCCCGUUGACGACAUCACCAGAAACGCAGCUAUUGGUCUAGAAACACCGAAGCAGUUCCCUACGGCAGAUUUCCUCCACUCAUUCGGAAAGCCUGGAUCAAGAAAAGGUCACUUCUUCGCCCCAAAAGGUCUGGCGAUCUGCCCAAAAGGCGGAAUCCUUGUAGCUGACUCAUGGAAUCAUCGAGUUCAGCUUUUCGACAUUAAUGGAAAAUGGGAGGGAGAGAUAUCUACAAAAUGGGAGGGAGAGAUAUCUACAAAAUGGGAGGGAGAGAUAUCAACAAAAUGGGAGGAAGAGAUAUCAACAAGAAAACGUGUGAUCAGCCCUCCAAUCGCUGUUACUUUUCGCUCUUUGAAUCCGACCGGAGACGUAAUCGUCACGUGUCCUGGUAUGGGAGAAGUGCUUAAGUUACCCUUAUGCUCGGGGAAGGUUUUGCCAAAACUGUAUAUCGCAGGAUGCAGAGGUGUAGCUGCGUUGGACAAAGGUCAUACAUUGAUUUUGUCUGAAGGAGUAAAUAACACAGUUGCCAUAUACGCCAGAGGAGGGGAUCCAGUAUCUAAAACAAUCAAGUACACAAAGACCAACACACUUAAGACACCUUUCUCUGUGCCGCGGAACAUCAACACAGACGGUCUGUCCAACAUCUACGUUUCUGACAUUGGCGACAGGACGGUCAAAGUUCUGAACAAGGAAGGACACGUAAAAGUUACCAUCGGUAAGGACAUUCUCCGGUAUCCUACUGGCGUGUGUGCCGACAUGGACGGAAAUGUCAUCGUUGCAGACGAGAGGAAAAACACACUGGAGAUAUUCGCAAGUGAUGGGCAUCAUUUGGACACACUUAUUUCCAAGCAAGAAGGUCUCAUGUCACCACAGGAGAUUGCUCUGACACCAGACGGGACGAAGUUGGUCGUUGUGGACGGCGGAAACCAUCGUGUUCUCGUCUACAGGUACAACCACGUCGGAGACGGGCACGUUCUCUCGAACAAACACGUACAGGACUAAGCUAUAAGAAACAAGACAGGAAACCACUCAGACACUUUCCAGCGUCUCUAUACCAAAUCACGAGUUCUUGCAUGGCAUAUCCCUUUGAUCCUUUGUAUUAUCAGUCCUAAAGGAGAUUGAGGCCCAGAAAAUGAGAAUCGUAGCCCACCCUGUAUAUAAUUAGUCCAGUAUCAUAGAAUGAUAGGUUGAUGUCUCCUGAUCAUGAUAAGGUAUGAUGUUUAUGGUCCAGAUGGGACAUCAUGGAUCUAUGGCUCUUUAUGUACAUAUUCCAACGAGAAUGUACGCUAUACUUUAUCCGGAUGCCUUAUACAAUCAAGGACGAGAGUGUAAGGUACACUAACUGGAUACUUUAAAGAAUGUGAAAUUUAUAACAGUAUAGUACAUUACAUUACAUUAGUAGUCAGGCAACUUUACUAGAAUACAGUCAGUUUAAUGUCUAGCAUUAUGUAAGUUCAUAAGGUAGAUAUAUAGGAUAACACUAACUGGAUGCUGUAAAGUAGAUACAGCAAAAUUGUAGGAAAUGCUAACUACAUUCUACUUCGAAGUGUAUGAAUUACUGAACUAUAGCAACUUGUUUAACGUAUUCUUUCCCUAACAAAUAUCUUACAUAAACAGCAAAAACAUGCUACUAAAGGAUACUGUCUUGGUAAAGAGGAGAAUAAAGAAAAUAAAUGAA